CGCUGGUGUCUAUGUAACUCUUUGUGCGCCGUUUAUCUCGUCUCACGGACAAUGGGUAGGGCUGUUUGGUUAUGAACACUGCAGUGUGAUAAGGGUGUGGUUGCAGCAGUUCAGGCAAAUGGAAAGAACAGGGGGAGGCAGCUGUCAGGUCUCUCUUGCCCAAAUGCUGACGAGAAACUUGGCUACCAAGUAACUCCGCCUGCUUCCUCCCAUCUAAUCAAGCGGAGUGCUGCGUGUGAGUGAGAGCAGCAGAUCAGCCAUCAUAGACAGCAAGCAGCCUGUCUCCCCCAACCUACCCACCUGCAUAUUAAUUCACUGAUCGAGCCAGGCACAAGACAAUCAUGGCUACUGCAAUAAAGGAAAGCUUUGACAAGUUCCUGCAUCAGAAGAACAUUUGUACAGACCUUCUGGAGAAAAUUGAAGCCAAGACUGGGGUGAACAGACGCUACAUAGCACUGGUUAUCAUUGGUAUUCUUGCUAUUUACCUGGUAAUUGGGUAUGGAGCGUCACUACUCUGCAAUCUGAUUGGCUUUGGAUAUCCUGCCUAUGUCUCUAUCAAGGCAAUUGAGAGUCCAAAUAAAGAUGAUGAUACACAGUGGCUGACGUACUGGGUGGUGUAUGGAAUCUUCAGUAUCAUUGAAUUCUUCUCAGACAUCUUUCUUUCCUGGUUUCCUUUCUACUACAUGAUAAAGUCUGGUUUCUUAGUGUGGUGCAUGUCUCCAAACCCCUCCAAUGGCGCAGUGUUAAUCUAUAAGAAAAUCAUCCGUCCAUUUUUCUUGAAGCAUGAAGGUCAGAUGGAUCGUGUUGUGAAGGACAUAAAAGACAAAGCAUCUGAGACAGUUGACACCUUUGGAAAGGAAGCUAAAAAGGCAGCUGUGAAUCUUCUGGGCGAUGAGAAGAAAAGCAGCUAAGCGUCCUCAAGCAAGCACCCCCUAUAAGCAGCUCUCUUUUAUAGGGGCCAGUGAUAUACACUUAACUCCUUCUGUGACAGAGGGGCCUGAAACUCCUUGCUGCAUUCUUUGAACAGGACUGUGUUUCAGGCCUUACUGAAAUGGCAGGAUAUUAAUAUUGUUGCCUUGGAAACCUGUUUUGAUAUGAAGAAAGAAUGUGUUGAAGUAGUUGUAUUAUUUUGCUGUUGUCUGUAGAAGAAUUGAGCAUUUUAUUUAAAAGCAGCCAGCAGUGUCCAAAGCUUAUUCAUAAAAAACAACUUUUUACUCUUUAUGUGGGAAAGGCUUUUAAAAUGUAUUGUCUUGUCCUGCAUUAGAUGGACCUAAAUAAAAGGUAAUAAGCCAAA